GGCGUAUUUACGCUCGCGCCCCUACCACCGCCGGCACUCAUGCGCCGCACGACCUGCCGAACACACGCGCACCCCACCACUGCCUGUGACCCUGCGACACUGCGACACGACACAAACAUCACAGCCACGACAAACCACUUACGUCUACUAUGUGCCAGUGACUGAACCAGUGAUUUUAGUGAAGUGACACUACCCCUCGUGAUAUGUGCUGAAGGAGUGUACGACAAGUGAUAUUUUAAUUCAGUCGCAGCCUCAACCGUUAACAGUAAAUAUGGUGAGAGGGGCGACGUCAGUGCUGACGAUAGCGCUGGCAUGGGCGUGCAUCGUUCGCGCCAGCGUCCUUGUGCCCACCUACGUGUUGCCGCCCGACUCGUUCGUGCGCGAUCAACGCUCCCUCGGCCCACGGCCCGACAGCGACCCCGCCGAGUCCCAGCGGACAGUUAAACGUUUAAUCGGCGGUCACAUGAAGAUUAAGUCGGAGAAAGAGUUCGGAAAAUCCCAAAAUUCUAUUGACUCGGACACAAAAAGUGACAGUGGUAAAUUUGCAGGAGUGGUUGUGCCGGAACUGUCGGGCGGGACCGUAGGAUGGAAUCAAGGUAUCUGGGACGACGGCAUGCUCAUGUCGAGCGCCGGCGAAGGAAAGGGAUCCAACGGAAAAAUGAAAGAAGACGAUGAAGACAAAAAGACGUUAUCGGAUCAGGUGGCUGAAGGAAAAUAUGGGUUAAUACAAAAUGAGAUAUUUUCUAAGGCUCCUAAGCGCCCGGGAAUUUUAAGUUAUGAACCUAACUCUGAAACUCGUUCCAAAGAUAAUCUACAAAAUCUUGGCGGUCUUAAGAAAGACGAAAUUUGGCUUGCAGAGGAUCAUUUGCUAGUUUUAAAAGGAGGUUCAUUCCCAGAACGUACAAAAGAAGCCGAAAAUAGGCCUUGGCCACCUAUCGAUAGCUAUGAGGCGCCUAAAAGGCAAGUAAAACUACCGCAGAAACCUAAAAUACCACCGCCCUUUCCAGUACGUCUCUCCGACGACGGACCCCUUAUCUUCCUUACGCCAAACGGCAGUAUCCCUGCGCCCAUUUACCCACCUUUCCCUACAGGAGAAGGCGAAGGCCCUCUACCUCCUCCGCCAUUCAUUUUCCCAGACGGAGAGAUCUACUCCCCGGGUGAUAAUCAGAGAAACUCUACUACCGGGGAAGCGCCGUUGCCAAGUCCUCCGUUCCCAUUCCUACCCGGGAAUGCGAGCGAAGGAGCGUUCCCUUACUUCACAUCCAUAAACGGCUCUUUUCCAGAAGGUUUUCCUCCGGGAGCCGCAUUUCUACCACCACCCAGCAACCAAACAGACCUGUACGACGAAGACGACCCUUCGAUUUACUAUCCGCCGCCAUACAAUUUUUCUUAUCACACUGACUACAAGAGUAACGUACCAGCUGGACCGUUAGUGCCUGGAAUAAUACUACCUCCACCACCGGAUUUCUUUGCGCCUCUCGAAGAGAAAUCAAAUACCGAGACCAAUAAGCCUGCAGGAACUAUUUCAAACACAAAUACUAGAUCAAAAUCAACACCAAAAAGGCCUUUGUCAACACCAGCAGUUCACAGAGGAAAAUAUAAAACACGUCCGACAACUACUGAGACAACAACAACGACAGAUUUACCUACAACAACUUCUAUUCCUGAAAUUGAAAUCGUGACAACACCGAAACGUAGGAAACCUCAAAGAGUUAUACCUAUACCUCCUCGCAACCCCGUAAGAGUUCACAAUCUUCCUGAUGAAAUUGUAACAAAACCAAAAACCGAAAAGACAGUUUACAAAACACGAACAAAACUUACAUCUAAACCUCUCACUGUAUCAGUGUUAUAUGAUUAUCCAGAUCCUAUUUAUGAUAAUAAAACUCCAACGACAACCGAAAAACCUUACAUUAUAUAUAAGGUACAACAGAAAACGCCUAUAGAAGUCGCUAAAGAUGUAACAUCGACGUCGGUGCCGUUACGGGCUUAUUACACUCAAAACGACGAACCUACUACUAAACUGCAACCUGUAUAUAAUAACCGCAGGCCAAACGAAGAUGCAAUUGCAUCCUUUUAUUUCUUUGAUGAGCAACCAAAAAGUUCACCAGCACCUGAAACUUAUUUCGACGGAAGAAAUUACUACAAAACUGUGCCUAGUCAACCAUCUAACACGCAAAAUCAAAAUUACAAUUCUCAAGGUGGUUUCUCACCUUCAGUUGACGUUGCAUACGGGUCGUACGAUCAAAAUGAUGCUUUGUUCCUAUGGCCUCAAAAACAUGGUCCUCGAACACUCACUCAAGAAUAUUUCAGUGUUCAAAAUCCUAGACAGCAAAUUUACGUACAACAAGCAAAGCAGCGACCAGAUCCGUUCUAUCAACAAAUAGCUGACAUUCAGCAAACCAUCGAACUGUAUACCACAAAAAGACCGAAAGGACAUUCACAUAGAGCCCACUCACACAAACAAAAACCCAUAAACGCUCGGCCUGUAUAUCAAUUCAGCUACGAUACAAAACCUAGACCAGAAAAAUUAACGUUUAGAGCGCCGAAGCUUGACCCUGAACCAUUUAGACCGAUGGUCAGCUAUAGUAAGCCAUUUAAUCUAGAAAAUGAAUUCAAUGCUAUAUCUCCAACAGUGUCAUCUGGAUACCAGCAACAGUACUUAGUUGAAAAUUUGCAAGUUACUACAGAGAGCCCAACGUCCUCAAGAUAUUAUCCAAAAAACAAACUGAGAGAUGAAGAUUACGAAGACGUAAUUUAUAACAAAGAAGCGUCUCCGCAAAUCAAUAUUAAUCAUAUUCCAGUCCAAACGGUAAAACCCGUUCUUUACGUCAACAAGUAUCCUAGUACAACGCCAAAUCCUAUCAGCCACGGUUACUACACGAAACAAGAUGAAAAGUAUUUUGACGAUAUAACAAAAAACUCUUUCGACGUAUUCGGUCAAAAACUAGAAGACGGAACGCACGACAUCAACGGUCUAGCCGUCACACCUCCAAUAGGAACUGCAAAAGCACCGGUAGACAACAAUCUCAAUCAAUACGCCUACGAAAUCGUCGACCUGCAGAAUCCGAACGCACCGACAUUGCACAAGGACACGUUCGUAAACGAUAGGCUGCCGCGGCCGGAUAUCAAUCCUUACAGCGAAACCAUGCGACAAGGAUCACCGAACGCCGAGCUUGUUCAGCAGACGAAUCCACCGUCACUGCAACACGACACAGACGUAAACAACAAAAACCCACGGCCGGAGAUAGAUCCUGACAGCGAGUUCAUACCCAUACCGAACCCGAAUUCCGGCCACAGGAAAGCUCAACAGUACAGAGUACAAACGCAGGUACAACGGCCUCAGUAUACUGGUGAACAGUAUGACUUGAAUGGACCGUCAUUGGCCGACGACACGGCCGUGAACUACAAACGGCCCUUGCCGCCUUUAAACCCGGACGCUGAAUGGAUACAGCCGGUCAACGCAGCCGGCGAGGGGAGACCGGGGUCGUACGUUUCGUAUCGACUGCCCGGCGAAGGCGCUCACGUGUACUUCCUAACACCGCAAGCGGCACAGGCCACGCGACAGAGGUACAGAUCACCCGGCUACGGACGGUGAAACCAAAGCUCUAGUCUGAACAGAUAUAUUCGUCGCAAACGACGCUAAGUGUAAAUACAAAGCAAAUGUGAUGUUUAAGUGUCCUAAGUAGUAUUAGAAUAAAAAAGACUAGCGGGAACGACCGCGUUGCCAUAAUAUUUAACGCAUUAGCGAAAUGCAUUGAGCCGCGUCUGUUGUUGUGAUACAAACGAACGCUGAUAUGUUUACGAAAAAAUAUUUAUUAAAUUAUUUUUAAGUGACUGUGGUGCAAGCUUAGUGUUAGUUAAUUUAUUUGUUUGUCAGUACUGUCGAACGAAUGAGAUGUGAUACUGUAGCGUGUGUACUGUAAGGGCAUGUUGUGGAGUUGUUACAGAUGUAGUAAUGAAUGACGAUUGUUAUUAUAAAAUUAUAAACUGAAUAAUAACUAGCACUUGUGA